AAUCCUGGCUACAUUAUUAUUUUCAUUUGUUUUUGGCAAUAUAUGCUGGAGUAGUAGUUGGUACUAGCUUCGUGGACACCCAUGAGACCUGACAGAUUAGUGAAUUGGCGAGCAGAUCUGAAUCCAUUUAGAUUUGAGCUGGAACGAUAUGAUCUUCCAUGCAUGUGCGACUGGCCGACUGGGAUCUCAUUCGAAGUUCUUAAAAGAGUAAGCCACUUAUGAGUUGUCACUUGUGAGUUUGACAACAUAUGUUUGGAGUGGUGCUCGAAAUGUCUCGGGGAUCCACAGCACCUCGCCAAGGUACAUAGGGUGUGUUUUUCUUUUGAACCAAAGUCAGCCAUGUCAAACUAUUGGCAACCCUUUGGUUGUCAGUGAGCAUCUAGUCAUUCUUCUCGCAGAUUCUUUCCAAAUCUUGGGUGUGUCUUUUGUGGUGCAAUUGCCUGUUAACAUAAAAUCCAAUCGUAGGUGCGCAUUUUUCGUGCUACAAACAUUUGUUUUGAAAAAGUAAAAGUUACAAGAUAUCGCUUGUCCGCACGUCCACUCAACCUCCCUCGACCACCACACUCUUCGCCAUCCUUUUCACCAUUUUCCACCGUUGCCACCUCUCCUUUCUCCAUGCCCGAUAAGUGUUAAGUUGGGGCCCACAACGCCUCGACCGGUCCUUCCACCAUGCCCUAGGGAUCUCGGUUACUUGCUCGAUGGUAGCCUGUCGCCGCGCUUGAUUGUCGGCAAACACCACAUUCUCUUCAUUCCCUUGUCCCUCCUUAUCUUUCCUCUUCCCCCCAUCUCUUUCCUUAUACCACGCUCCUCCUUGCGCCGCUCAUGUACUUGCACAAUUGGCGAUGAAGCAUCUUCGUUAUAAAAAUGUGCAACGUCAAUAAGAAAAGGAUUUUGUUAAGGAAAAGAUGACCGUUUGCUUGGCUGUUGGACCUUAAUCCAAUGGCCGCACGUGGGAGAGGAAGGAGUGGGUUUGGCAUCUAGAUCUUAAUCCAACAAAUCAGAUGCAUCGACUGAGUUUUAAAACUUUACUUAAAAAGCAGGCACUCCAGAUAAAAGCACACCCGUAAGAAAAUGUGUUCCUUUUCCUUUGGAGGCUUGCUAGUGGUUUUUCUUGUUAAUUGUUAUGGCAUGAUUAAAAAUAAAUACUCUUACCUCUGUACAACUAACAGUUAACCAUUCAUUAAAGAUCCAACACUCCACAGUACUCCCCGCACAAUUUCGUCAUUCUGCUCCCAAGCAUAGCAUUUGGUUCCGGCUGCUGUUUUCAUGAUUCGCACGGCACUGGCGCCACGAUAAUUUAUCGACGUCAGCCCGUAGAUCACUUCCACAGUUCCACUACAGAAGAAAAGAUACUCCACGCUUAACACGUUGCAUCGCGGCAGAUAGAUGAAGGUUUUUUAAACGAAAGAGGGUCCAGGACAGCUAGGUAAUGGCUUUAAAUAAGAAGAAGCACGAUUGCGCGGCCACCAUCUCCCUUCUUGUACGUAGGGCCGUGCACAGACAGGUCCACAACUCAGCCACGCACCGAUAAUCAAGCCGUGUGUGGAGCUCCUCCGUUCAAUCAUCUGACUCGGCUCUUAUCUCUCGGCACAGUCAUCCCGCCGUUUUCUCACCUCUCUUUGACGCUGUCGAGUCGCCGCCGAGUACUGCAGACUAGAGAGCAAACCCGCAGUCCCGCACAAAAUUAGCAACCCUCUUCUCCCGCGCGUCACAUCAACCAUGGCGUCCAAGAACUCACGGGGACUCGUCACGGCCGGCGUGGGCGGCGAGGCAGCGGAAGCGCCCCUGUUGCUGCCGGAACACGCCGUCGUAGGAGACGCUGAACCGCCACCUGCCGGCGCCGGGGGCGCGUCGGUGCUGGGCGCGGUGUUCAACGUGUCGACGAGCGUGGUGGGCGCCGGGAUCAUGUCGAUCCCGGCGUCCAUGCGCGUGCUGGGCGUGGCGCCCGCGGUGGCGCUCAUCGUCGGCGUCGCGCUCCUCGCCAACGCGGCCGUGGAGUUCAUGCUCCGGUACACCCGCGCGGGGUCGCUGGCGACGACGUCGUACGCGGCGCUGAUGGGCGGCUCGUUCGGCCGGGCCGGCGCCGCGCUGCUCAACGUCUUCGUCGCCUUCAACUGCGUCGGGACCCUCACCGUCUACCUCAUCAUCAUCGGGGACGUGAUGUCCGGCCCCGCGAGCGGCGGGGAGGUGCACGCCGGGGUGCUGACGGAGUGGUUCGGGCCGCACUUGUGGACUGGCAGGGAGGCCGUGCUGGUGGCAGCCGCCGUGAUUCUCCUGCCUCUUGUGCUCCGGAAGCGUGUGGAUUCACUGAGGUUCACAUCGGCCGUGUCGAUCCUUCUGGCCGCGGUGUUCAUGCUCAUCAGCAUGGGGAUCGCGCUGUACGCGCUCUUCAGCGGCACCGCCAAGGUGCCGCGGAUGCUCCCGGACUUCUCCCGCCUCUCCUCCCCGUUCGAGCUCUUCACCGCCGUCCCCGUUAUCGUCGUCGCCUUCACCUUCCACUUCAACGUGCACCCGAUCCGGGCGGAGCUGAGCAAGACGUCGGACAUGAAGGCGGCGACGCGCAUCUCGCUGGUGCUCUGCUCCGUCAUCUACGCGGCGGUGGGCUUCUUCGGCUUCCUCCUCUUCGGGGACGCCACCAUGCCGGACGUGCUCGCCAACUUCGACAGCAGCUCCGGCUCCGGCGUCCCGCAGGCGCUCAACGACGCGGCCAGGCUCAGCUACGCGCUGCACCUCGUGCUCGUCUUCCCGCUCCUCCACUACUCGCUCCGGGUCAAUGUCGACGAGCUCCUCUUCCCGGGCCGCCGCCCGCUGGCCGCCGACACGCGCCGCUUCGUGUCGCUCACGGCCGCGCUCAUGGCCGCGCUCUACGCGCUCGCCAUCGCCAUCCCCAGCAUCUGGACGCUCUUCGAGUACACGGGCUCCACCUUCGCCGUCUGCAUCUCGCUGAUCUUCCCCGGCGCCAUUGUUCUAAGGGAUGCCCACGGAAUAGCAAAGAGAAAGGACAAGACAUUGGCGGCGACGAUGAUCACUCUGGCAGUGAUCACGAGCAGCGUCGCCAUUGCCUCCAACAUCAUGAGCUCCGUCAGGGGCGCCCAAGCCAAAGGGGUUUGAUGUACAUCGCGGUUAGCUAGCAUGUGAAGUUUAGAUAAAAUCGAAAUCAUGUUACUGUUUGUACCUCAGCAGCAGUAAAGCCAGUAACAUAUGCUGCUCCUGCAAGUCUGUAAUGUUUCCUCUGCUUUAGGUCAGGGAGAUUGGCUCAUGAGGCGCUAUGCUGUCUGUUUAACAAGUUGUGGCCGGCCAUUUGUUGUAUACAAAUCGGGGAUUCGUUACUGUGUAUAAAAUAUAAAAUAUCGAGGAUAAAUGCGUUUUGUCAGAAGCA